GCGGCGCUUAUGUUGCAGAGCCCGAAGAAAACAAACGGACACGCACUGCUUACACCCGCGCGCAGCUGCUGGAGCUGGAGAAGGAGUUCCUAUUCAACAAAUACAUCUCGAGGCCGCGCAGGGUGGAGCUGGCUGUUAUGCUGAACUUGACCGAGAGACACAUCAAGAUCUGGUUCCAGAACCGCCGCAUGAAAUGGAAAAAGGAAGAGGACAAGAAGCGCAGCUGCGGGACAGCGGCCGGAGGUGGCGCGGAUGCGGAACCCGAGCAGGACUGCGCAGUGACCUCGGGUGAAGAGCUGUUGGCGCUGCCGCCGCCGCUGCCCCCCGGCGGUGCCGUGCCGCCCGCUGUC